AUGCCUCGCAAAAGAAGAGCAAACACAGACUCCGAGCAGGAGUCGACGCCCGCGCGUCGCCGCAGACAAAACACCUCCCCACCCGACUCCGACUCCGACUCCAACAGCGAUGACGGCCCCAGCGCCCCAACCAGCACAGACGCCAUGGUCAAGAAGAUGGUGCGCUUCGCCCUCUCGAGCGAAUACUCGCGCCUCCCCAUCCGCCGCAGCGACAUCAGCACGAAAGUCCUCGGCGAGCAGGGCUCGAGGGACUUUAAGACCGUCUUCGAGCAGGCGCAGCGCGAGCUACGCUCGAAGUUCGGAAUGGAGAUGACUGAGCUACCAGCGCGUGAGAAAGCUACCGUUGCGCAGCGACGAGCGGCCCAAAAAAUUGAGAAACCCUCCUCGGCCAGCAAAUCCUGGAUCCUCACCUCCACCCUCCCGCCGGCAUAUCGCACGCCGGAGAUUCUCAUCCCGCCCAAGGCGCCGUCGCUUCACACGGAAAGCGCAUAUACAGGGCUGUACAGCUUCAUUAUUGCGCUGAUCACGCUGAACGGGGGCUCGCUGGCCGAGCAGAAACUCGACCGGUACCUUGGGCGCAUGAACGCGGGCGUGGCGACGCCGAUCGAGCGCACUGAUAAGCUUCUCGUGCGGCUUUGCAAGGACGGGUAUUUGGUGAAGACGCGGGAGAUGGAUGGCGGCGAGGAGAUCAUUGAGUAUUUGCUUGGGCCGCGGGGGAAGAUCGAGGUUGGGAGUGGGGCUGUAGCGGAUAUGGCGAGGGUGGUUUAUGGGAGGGAGGGGGGUGUUAGGGGUGAUAUGUCGGAGUUUGAGAGGGAGGAGAUUGAGGACUUUGAGGGGAGGUUGGGGAGGAGUUUGGGCAUUGCGCCUAGAAUUGGGCCUGCGGAGGGUAAUGGGGAUGUCAAUGCUAAUGGGGAUGGGCAUGGGCAUGAAAAUGGAGAUGAAGAAAGUGAGGGUUGA